AUGCGGCCGCUGCUUUUCGACCAAGCUAAUGCAACUGUCUACUUCAGCGCCUCUAACCAUGGUCUUCUAGGUGACAAGACGGGGUCCUCGUGCUUGCGAUGCCAGCGAUCGGGACGGCAGUGUAUCCCGGCACCGACAAAGACGGAAGAGGUCACUUUUCGACACGGGCAAAAUCCGUCACUGCGGCCAAAGGGCCCUCCCCGCUACGGAGAAAGCGACCUCGCGUUCCCUCCCGAUCAGAUAUGGGUUGGGAUGCCUGCGCAGGUCUCCUUCGAGGACGAGACGGAUCGUACGGCGGCCGAUUAUCAUGUUCUUCCGGUAAACCCUCCAUCAGCAUCCCGGAAAGACACAUUCAAGCGUCGAUCUCUAGCUUCCACGGCAACAUCCACGUCGUCGCAUGCCCUCCAGCCUGUAUUGUCCCCGAGUGACAGCACUCCCUCCAAGGCCUUUCCACCACAGGGCCUGGACCCAGUCAAUUUUCCUUUUGCAUUUGAUGAACUCCGCGAUCGACAGAAGGUCGCUAGUUUCAAUGAGGCGUUCCUCCUUCGGCACUUCCGAAAAACGCUCGGCCCAUGGUUGGAUGUUUGCGAUCAUGAGAGACAUUUCUCUUUGGAUGUGGUGGAACGGGCACCUACGAAUCCUCUUCUACUCUACGCAUGUUUGGCUAUAGCAGCCCGUCAUCUCUCCCAUACAAACCAUAAUAUUCCCCCGAAUACCGCAGAUGGAUAUCAUGAGCGGUGCAUCGGGAUACUCUUGCCUGUUCUGGAAAAUAAAGAGAUCGAGAUCAGCAUUGAUAUACUUCUUGCAUCUACUGUGAUAUUGCGCUUCUUUGAGCAGAUUUCCUCUCAUAGCCCAUCGAACGAUCUACAACGGCAUCUCCUGGCCGGCUCAGUCUAUAUCAGCUCUCAAGUCGAAUGCGCUACAUCAGGCGGACUCGCAGAAGCUUCGUUUUGGGUCUUUGUGGUGCAAGAUAUUCAAUUUGCCUUGGCAUAUCAAAAGCCUCUGCGGUUGACAUUGAGUCCGUUCGGGGAGAGACUGUACCUCUUGUGGCAGCACGCCUCGUCUCAGAAAGAUCGAGACUGGACGCAUAAGGCUAUUUGGCUUCUUGCUGAGACGAUAAAUCACUGCUAUGGGGUAAAUCCAUCGCUGGAGAUGGAAGUUGUGGGUAGGAGUACACUAAAACGAAGGAUCCAUGCUUGGGAUCUGGAGAAGCCGGAUAGCUUUCGACCACUGCAUUAUUCCGCUGCGGACCCAAGAGUUGGCCGACCUUUUCCCGUAAUCUGGUUCACAAAGUCACUCCAUGCGAUCGCAGUACAGCAUAUUUGUAUGGCCAAAGCCUUGAUCCUGCAACAGGAACUCAAGGCCCUUUAUUCAACGCCUAGUCCACAAGAUAUCCAAAUGACCGAGGGAAACAUGACGCGGAGUCUGAGUAUUUUGUUCGGAAUAGCACUGUCGGUUGAUGACGAGAUAUCUCUGCGCGUCAUGGCAUGUCACGCACUGUGCGCCUGCGGCUCUUGGAUUCGUGACCCUCUAGCGCAGACAUGUCUGCUGGAUCUUCUCCGGAGGACCGAAGCUGAGAAUGGCUGGCCAUGGUCAUAUAUGGUCCAGAAGCUAAGCCAAGAGUGGCACUUGACCGCCAGCAAGUGGGGACCGGCCCAGCCAGUGCCGGAGUACGCCGGCUUGCAGACACUGGCAGUCUGGCACGCCGAUCCGCAAGACAACUGUUUCCUCGCUAAUGCAGCCUCGGCCGAAUGGAAUUGGCUCCUUUCGCACUUUAUCACAAUAGCGUGUGGGACCGGGGAGGAGGCUGUUGGGAUUCUAUCUCGCUUAUUCGCCAUGGCGUGCUGA